ACAGCGCAUCGGCGAAUAAGCGCGAUCACAAAUUUCUUUCCACUUUCCCACCUCUCCUCUUUUUUCUCUCUCUUUCCUUCAUUUUUCAUAUUUUUCUGUCUCUUUCUAUCUACAUACAACUUACCACCUCCUUUCCUUCAAUUUUCACAGGAAAACGUCGCGUUCGCGAAAAGUUCUUUCCGAGACUGCCAUAUUUCCAAAGGAUCCUUAUUGGAGACGAACCCAGUGACACUUAAAAUUAAUUUUAAAUCCCCUUUCAUUGUACACGCGAAACGAAAUUUGAACGAAAAAUGUGAGAAAUGAGAAGCGUUAUCAUUUGUUAUAACUUCAGGUGACAUUAGGCAAAUUCUGACAAGUCACAUUUCCAUACUCUUUCAAUUUAAAAAAAUGAUGUCAAUCUAGAUUCUAGUGCAUGGAAUUUCAACCUUUGGGAGUGAAUUUUCGAAGUUUCCUUUUCUUCUCUAGCACGAAAUUUAUUAUGAUUCUUUAUCAAUGAUUGGAAAUCUUUUACUGCGUUUCUUCACUAAAUAAUAAAUAAAAAAGUUAAGUGUAUUUAUUGAGAGUUCAACGUAGGCGAUGAGUGAUCGUUGUCGGUGCCAAGUUCAAUCGAAACUCGUCAUGAGAGACACCAGCGACAUGAUGGAGGAUAAUACAUCGGAGGAUACAAUGAUGGACUGUGGAGACGAUGGAGGAGGGCUUGAUGAUCUCGUAGAAUUGGCAGCGAAUAUUGCUGAUUCGUCGCCUAACAUCAGAGAUGCUGCAGAGAGAUUAUUAACAUUACUAGGAGUGGAUGAAAACGAAGACGACUUUUCAUCCGAGGAUGAAGGGGUUGAAGUCGACUUGGACGAAUCUGACGACGAGGAUGAUCCUCGAAAUACAAGAUUACUUCAACAAUUAGCAGCGUCCUUAGCACAAGAAUUAAAAUUUUCUCAGAGGCAAACUGUAAUUUCUUCGUCAAGAACACCCCAAAGUCGAUCGACGUUUGAACCCCGGGAGUUCCAGAAGGAAAUUCAGUGCAUGGACCUUGGUCAGGAUUCCAGUUUACUGAACCAGCAGGAUCAUCAGAAUGAAAAGUAUAGUGGCUUCUCUAGUGAAAGUUCUAAUGGAAAAUUGCUGGAAAAUCAAGGCAGCUAUUCCUGUCCACCUUAUGAGUUCAAGACCUUUGGGACCCAAUGUUUUGAGUCUUCAAAUCUCGAAACUUCCAGGACAACAUGUCUUUAUUCUCGAGUUGGUGUAGAUGAACUGGAAAAAUUAAAAGACGAAAAAUUAUUGAAUCAGGAGACGAAUUCAAGUACUUGGAAUGUUGGUUGGGAUGCCUGUGCUUCUGAAGCUUUACGGUACCUGGUUGAAGAUGAAGGUCUGCCACCUCAUCAUCCGACGAUUGUGGCUAUGAAAAAUCAUCUUGAUCUACAGAGGGAACAAGCCUUCGUGAGAUACAUGGUGUAAUAAGAAGAAUUUUAAGAUUGGAAUGGACUCCGCUGAUCUGAGAAUCUGAGACAUUUUCCUAAACGCUUAUUAAAUAUAUAAUAGUCGAGGGUUCAUGCGUCAUAUAAAUGCUGGAUCGAUAUGGACGUUGAGAGUCGACAGGGGCUGUGCACCUUCAAUUAAUUGACUGGAUUAUCAUAAUAAAUCUUCGUUUUCUAAGUUUUAUGAUGAAAAAAAUGGGAAAUACUCUUAAGGGGGUUCUCUUUUUACAGAUAUGUUUGCUCGCUCUUCCUCGGAAUUCAGAUUAUAGGACUUAAAACUGAUGCUACUUUAUUAAUCAACAGAAAACAAUUUUAAUGGUAAUUAAUUAUUUUUAAUAAGUUCAAAAUAAACAUAUUACAAUUUGAAACGAUUUUUUUUAUUAAAUCUUUUUAAAUUUGAAAAUACUGAACGAAAUUAUUAUUAUUAUUUAUAUGAUAAAUAUAUAAAUAAUAAUAUACCAAAUAUAAUAUAGCGUCUGCCAGGUGAAAAAAUUCUUUGUGUUUAGAUUCUUUUUCUCCAAACGUUCGAAGAUACGAUUUCUCCAAUUAAAGCAUCUGUUUCAAGUCCUCCUUUUGAUAUUCGAAGAAGGACGAGCGAUAAGACAACUUCAGAUCACCUGUCGCGUGACAAAGCAGUUGUGGAGUAACGGAGAAAGGUAUAUCUAAAAAUUCUAGCAUUACCUAAAAUAUUGAAAAAUUAAUACUUGAAUUAGAAGAAUAUUUAAAUAAUAAAUAAAAAUACUAAAGUAUUAAUUUUCGAAUAUUUUAUUAUUUAUAACUAGGACGUCAAAACGUAAAAAAUAACGUUAACUUAAUUUUUGUUGCCCGAACUUUAACGUACGUAACUAGAAAAAAUUAGACGGUUAAACAAAAUAAUGUAAUGUAAAAAAAAUCGAGAAUUGGUACUGAAAAAUCUCAUCUUUGAAUGAAAUGCGAAUGAAUGUAUAUUAAUGUGCGUGGAGGAAUGAAUUUGUUUUAGUGAAUAAUAAAAUGUAUCCGACUACAUUUCAAAAUUCGAAGCUAAUACCGAUUAAAAAAAUAAUAAUUUCGUUUCGUAAACUGGAAUUUAAUUUCUCUUAUUUUUACUUUCUUUAAGGAAAUGUUUUAUGUAUAAAUUAUUUAAUUUUGUCGGAUCAUUUUUAUUAUUUCAGAAAGUAUAGUGGAAAAUAUACUUAUUUUAAUUAAAUAUUCGAAGUCAAUAAUCUUGCCAGCCUAUUAUCGAUUUAAUAUAAAAAUUCAAAUCUGAGCGGCUUUUGAUAGAUCACGAGAGUUAUAUCAGAAGCCAUUCAGCCAAUCACUCAAAAUAUCGCUUUUGAAUCAUUCAAACACAUCCGUUAUUUGACUACAAAAUUUCUGUACACAAUUAUUUCUUUAAAAUUUAUUAACACUUUAAUGUCGAAAUUGUUUUCAAUUUCGUAUUUUAAAUGGCAGGAAAAUUUCGUCAAAUUAAGUUAGAAUUGCCAAUUCAAAUUAUACAUCAAUUAAUAAGUUUAGUUACUGAAAGUUCUUUUAGUCAAGAUAAUUGCAGUAAAUAAUUAUUAUAUAUUAAUAAAAAAAAUUAGUAGAGUGACGUAUUUACAGAAUUUUAAAUUGGCAAUUUUCUCGUGACGUGUGUACAUAUGUAUUAUAUGGUUUUAACUUAGAACUAUUGUUACUUUUACAAUAAAUUAUUGUAGAUAACAUUAAACAUUAAUAAACGAUCA